AUGCAUUUUCAGAGCUCCAUCGCUCAGGAGGCAGCUGUCAGCAUGGAACUCACAGAAAACCUCGGGCUCCCCGUGACACUGCUUGAAAACCACAACCCCUGGCCAGCCUAUGUCACGUACACCUCUCCAGCAGUAAGGCGCCUCAUUGACAAAAGCAGGGCCCGGGACCUGGAGUGCAUUCAUUCUUACGAGGAGACCUUCAAACCCACAAGGCUGAGCAAACCUAGUUUCAUGCAUCUGAAAAGGGAGAAGUCAUCCAAGUCCUCAGAGCUCGUGCUCAAGGAUGCCCUGUCCGAGUCCAGGCAAUCCACGUGGGAACCUUGUUCUGCCACAAACAUGAGUUCCACACUCCUUCCAGAACCUACACAAUCACCGAUGGAAGCCAGAGAGGGUCCCACGUCCAACUACAACAAGAUCAUCUUCUCUAGAAGGCCUGCGAUGAGGAAGCUCCCCUAUGGCUUACUACAGGCCAGCAAGGAGUCGCAUGCCAACGCUUAG